AUGGCGGGUCUGAUGUACCAACUCUUAUCCUCGUCGGCGCUCAUCUCCCUGGGGUUAUACCACCUCAUCUCCUCCGCCCGCUCCUACCUGAAAUCCCCACAGUCCUACACCGCCAAACCCUUCCACCCUCUCCCCGCCGCUUCCCGCCUCCGUCACCUCCAGCUCUACCUAAUCAUCACCUUCCUCCUCAUCGCCUUCGCCCACCAAACCCUAAUCUCCUCCGACGCCGACCCUUUACUCAAAGGCCGCACCCCGGUCCACCGAUUCACCUCCCUCCAGUCCGCCGCCGUCGUCUUCCUCUUCCUCCUCCUCGCCCUCGCAAUCCUCCUCGCCGACUCCACCUCCUGCCUCCCCUUCCCCCCGGACCUCUUCUUCGCCCUCGCAUCGGCGAUCUUCUUCCUCCACUACUCCGUCUCCUCCUCCGCGGCCUCGGUUCAGACCUCCGAUCUCCAGGCAAGGUGCGACUCGGUCUCCGCGCAAAUCUCCGCCCUCGCGGCACUCCUCUGCCUCGCCCUCGCCUGCCAGCCGCGGCUGUUCAUCGCCGAUUUGGGGCUCGGCGCCGCCGUAUGUCUCCAGGGGUUGUGGGCGCUGCAGACUGGGCUUUCUCUCUACGUCGAGGGUUUCAUCCCCGAAGGAUGCCACAGGCUGCUGGAUGUGGUCAGCGGGGUGGAAGGGUCGACCAAGUGCGAUCUUGAGGAUUCGAAGUUGAGGGCGGUGGCGAUUUUGGAUCUGGCGUUGAUUCUUCAUGUCAUGGUUGUUAUGAUCACUGUGCUUGUGGUGUACGCCCUGGCAGCCAGGGGUUCUUCUGGUGUUAGGAGAUCUGGCGGAUCGUACGAGGCCUUGCCCACUACUGCUGCAGCUGCUGCUGAUGUUAAUCAUAUUCAGAUGAAGGCAUUGAUUGGCACCCAGGCUUGA